AUGAUGAGAUUAUUUAGACGUAACUCCAAAUCCAUAUCAAAUACCAGUGAUACAUCACAGCAAGUGGUUACUCCAUCUGAUAACUCACAAGAUAUUAUAGAGGAUAAUACAAAUACUACUACUAAUAAUAAUACGGAUGGUGAGGAAAAUCAGAUACCUGCUGAUAUCUCAGCAGUUGAGAGGGUUGAUGAAAUGGAUAAUACAUUAAAUAACUCUGUUUCAGGAGAUAACAUUAAUACUUCUACAGAAAUCCCUCCUAACACUACUACUAUAGAUACUACAGAUACUAAUAAUAGUAGUACUGUCACUACUAAGAAUACCAGUAGUAGUAAUAGUACUGCUGGUGAUGGUAGAAAUGUAGAAAAUGAUGUAGUAAAGAGAAGAAAUAAUAUGAGGUCUAGACGUAAAUCAAUGAAAAAUUAUAACAAUUCAUAUCACAAUAGUCCGUAUUACUCACAUUACGCUAGCCCAAACUAUGCCAAUAAUUACACUGGUCCAAAUUAUUCAACCGCUAAUUAUACUAACAACUAUGGCGCACCAAACUAUCCUACGCACUCAUAUACUUUUGGAAAUUUUAAUAAAUAUUAUCCAGCACAAUAUAAUACUAAUGCAUCUACCGCAUAUGGUGCUAAUGUUAAUAAUACUAGUAACUCAGUAAUUAACACUAGUACUCUUAAUAGUAUGAAUAGUAAUAGUGUGUUGAAUAAUGGAGUGGCGAGUAAUAAUGUUAGUAAUAGUAUCAUUAGUAAAAUUGGUUUACUGAAGAAUAGGCAGAGUUCAGCAUUACAAAUAUUGAAUCCACACACUGGCGAAGUUAUUAAUUCAUCAACUGUCAACAACACUAAUACCACUACCACCCAUACCAAUAGCUCUACUAAUACAGUUACUGUGGAUACCACAACUGCUGAAAAUAAUAAUACCCUAGAGAGUAUGGAGAGUAUCGAUAGCAUGGAAAAUGUUAUGCGGGAGAUAAGUGAGGAAUUUAACAAUAUCAACAACUUGGAUAUUUCUAGUAGUAAUGAUACUAGUAUUCAGAAUACUACGAUUCCCAGUACCGUUGACUUGGUUACGAGUGAUCUUAAUAAUAUUCCCAGUACCGUUGAUCUAGUUAACAAUGAUCUUAAUAAUAUUCCUAGUGCUGUUGACUUAGUCAAUAAUGAUCUUAACAUCCCUAGUGCUGUUAAUUUGGUCACCAGUGGUACCAUGGUUAAUGGAAUGAAUGGAAUGAACGAUGUGAAGGAAGUUGAGAGUAUAGAUUGGCAAGAUAACACGCCAACACAAAUGGUGCCUCCGAUUCUAUUAAUCUCAGUCCAAUCGAGGCCGAAGAAUAAGAUAAAGAAUAAGGCCAUAAAUCCGGCUGAGAUGAUACUCACGCUCUCUGAGCUUCACCCAAACCCGAACAUUUCCACACCUAACUCACACUCUAAAUCACAUUCACGUAAAAUUUACAAUGUACCCACUGAAGAUACUCAUACUGAUGAGGAAAAUGUAAAUAUUGUUACUGGUGUGAGUGAGGAAAAUACUAGUACUAAAGUUGCUGACCCUAUUUUUGUUGAUACUUAUAGUACUACUCCUGAGGAUAUUACAUUAAUUACUGCUAAUGCUAGUGGUGAGGAUACUAAUAUUGAAGAGGAUUCGGUGGAUACCGUGAUGGAAGAUGUGAAUGGAGUGAGUGUGGUGGUGGAUGUAGAAUCCUCAAAUGUUGAAAAGCAAGAAUUCGAUUACUCAGUUGAUAACUUGAUAAGGCUAUCAUUUAGUGUGUUUAAUUUAGAAUUUGAAGAUCUGGGUACCUUUAAAUUGGUUCCACACAACUAUGUUAUUCGUAAAAAGCCCAAAAAAUCACAAUGGCGCGAUAUCUCCAAUAAUACCGCAACCAUAGUCAGCACCGGUAGUGGCACUCUAAACAGUGUGAAUGGUAGAAUGAGUAAAUUGGACCAGCUGAAGAGAUCAAUUCGCACAUUAUUGAAUAAAUUGACGGUGGAGAACUUUUUAGUGGUUUCAGAAAAGAUUGUGACGUUGUAUAGAGAAAUGAGUUUGAGAGAAGAAGUGGAAGUGUUGGUGGAGUUGUUACAUGAAAAGGGUACUACUGAGCUUGAAUACGCAGACAUGUACGCCGAUGUGGCGUUUUUGCUAAGAUAUUCCUAUAAUGACGUUUUGGAUCUUGGGAAUAAAACAACUUUGUUUCACAAGAGCUUGUUAAACAAGUGCCAAGACUCUUUUGAACAAAUCAACUCCAACUCCUCGCUUGACAAAUCUGUUAUUCUUGGCUCUAUUAGAUUCAUGGGUGAAUUGUUCCUACGUAAAAUUCUUUCCAUUAAUAUUCUCAAACGCAUUUCAAAUACACUUUUAUACUCUUCAAGGCGUGUAGUUCCCACCACCACUACAACUAAUGGUACUGAAGGUACUACUGAUACCACUGAUAAGAGUGCUGAGGGUACUAGUACUAACAAUACUGUGAAUGGUACCAGUAGUAGUCAGGAUAGUACAGAGGUUACUGGUACUAGUACUAAUGGACCUGACACCGUUACUGAAGAAAAUUCUUCCAAUAAUACACAAAUUACUAAUACCAAUACCACCACUACAACUACUGGUACUGAUACUAGUACUGAUAAUGUUGAUAUUAGUAAUGGUGUUAGUGACACCUUAUCGGAGUUUGGUGCAGAGCCGCCAAUGAAUUUGUUGGAAUGUUUUGUGGAAUUGUUGACAACGAUAGGAUAUACAGUGGAGCAAAUACCCGGAGGAGUACAGAUGUUGGAUGAGUAUACAGGAAUAUUGAUACAGUUGAGAAAUAGUGGAAAGUACCCGACGAGAAUAAACUUCAAGAUUCAAGAUUUAAUUGAUUUGAGGAGAAGAAAUUGGAAGUUAAAGUUAUUUAAGGAAAAGGCGACCUCAGUGUCACAAAUACACAAGCAGGUGGAGCAGGAACAGCUUACCGGUACUAUCAACAGUGUCGAGGGAAAGUACAUUACUGCCGGGUUGCAAGUUAAUCGACACUAUACUCAAUUUCUGUUGGAUAAAAGACAAAUGGCUAUAGAUUCACUUGUUAAUGGUGUAUAUACAGGUUCAACUGUUUCAGGUACGUUACGGUGCUCCGUUACGGUGCUUGCUCCAGCAGCUCCAAUCACUAACCCCCAGAAGGGACUAUAUAAUAAGAGUAAUAUAGAUGAGAUGAUGAGUAUAACCAAGGAGUUUGAGAGCCUAUGUAGUUCAGAAGCCUUUGAAGCCCUUUGGAAGAAAUUCAAUCCCAACGAUUCAGAAACUAUUGUACUCUUUCAACAAAUGUUGAAGAUCUGUAUGAAUAAUGGUGAUUUGGACUCAGGUCUUAAAAUGUCGGAUCUUAUCGCAUUCCUCAUCAGCAAAAUUAUCGAUUCCGAUACACUAAAGGCCAAACUACUCAACAUAUUGUGCAAUAAUUAUGUGGUGAGAUUGAAUGAGGAAGCCAGUGAAAAUGAACACGUAGUGUCGUUCGUGACGAGGAUUUUUACGAUACUGUUUUGCAGACUGUCAGGCGAGUCCCGUAACCUGCUCGAAAAAAUCUCAUUGCCUAACCAUUUUAACACCGCAAAACAGCUUUGCGUCGCAGUCGUACAUUCCGUCAGGGAGUACUCGACAGUGGACUUGGGCUCCACCAGAAGAAUUAUACGGAGGCACCUCUACUCCACAUUCCAACAUGAAAAUUUACUUUUCCUAGAUCUUAUUUAA